AUGGGUCGCAUGCACACGCCCGGUAAGGGCAUGAGCGGCUCCGCCCUGCCCUACAAGCGCUCGGCGCCGAGCUGGUUGAAGAUCACCCCGACGGAGGUCACGGAGCUGAUCACGAAGAUGGCGAAGAAGGGCAUGACGCCGUCGCAGAUCGGUGUCGUCCUCCGCGAUAACCACGGCAUCGCGCAGGUGGGGUCGGUGACGAACUCGAAGGUUUUGCGCAUCCUCCGCGGACAAGGGCUUGCGCCGGCGAUCCCGGAGGAUCUCUAUUGCUUGAUCAAGAAGGCGGUGAGCGUGCGCAAGCACUUGGAGCGCAACCGUAAGGAUAUGGAUAGCAAGUUCCGUCUCAUUUUGAUCGAAUCUCGAAUCCACCGCUUGGCGCGCUACUACAAGCUCGCCAAGAAGUUGGAGCCGACGUUCAAGUACGACAGCGCCACCGCGGCGAACCUCCUCACGCAAUAG